AUGGGUCAAAUCCUCCAGUGUACAUUCUUACUUGUAGUUGCUCUCACAAUCAGAGAAACAUUUGGGACGAGGAUUAUCGGGGGCCAGGAAGUUGUGCCGUUCUCCAUUAAGUACCAGGUCUCGAUCCAGUACAAUGGACGGCACUACUGCGGAGCAACGCUCGUCCACGCCCAAUGGGUAGUAUCUGCGAUGCACUGCUACAAACCGCCUGCUCUGAUCCGAGUCGUCUUGAGUGAGCACAAUCUAAUAAUACGGGAAGGAUAUGAGCAAGAAAUGAAAGUAUCCAGGAUCUUUUAUCACAACUACAACUAUAAAACAUUCAAUAAUGACAUCAUGAUGCUCAAGCUGGAAAGGCCUGUGAAGCUGAAUGCCUAUGUCCAGCCUGUCCAAUUUGCUGAUCUGUAUACCGAGGAGCUCAGAGGAGGGGACAGCUGCACUGUGAGUGGCUGGGGGGUGACCCGCGUCUACAGCUACACCCUCUCCCCCGUGCUGCGCGCUGUCGACGUCAACAUCAUCCCCAUGUGCCAUUACUACUAUUUCUGGAGGAUCAAACAAAGCAUGUUUUGUGCCGGUUCCCGAUACGGAGGCAAAGACUCCUGUCAGGGAGACUCCGGUGGCCCCCUUGUCUGCAAGGGCAAAUUUGAAGGCAUCGUCUCAUGGGGGAUCAGUUGUGCCAACCCCUACUACCCAGGGGUUUACACAAAAGUGAGGCUCUACGCUCGCUGGAUGAAUUGGUUAAUCAACACCAAAAGGAACUGA